GUUUACUUUAAUGUUUAUUCAUUUUUUUUUUAAGUUUAUAGCCUUUUCUCGUUUAAAGAUUUUAAGUUGGGAUUUGCUGUACCCACUUUCUUGUAUCGUCAAAAUUUAGUUUUUUUAGCCUUUUAUUAUCUAUUUAUAAUUAUUCCCUUUAUUAUUUUCAAAUUUGAUUCUACAUCCACCGCUCCGUUUUGAGUAUUUUCUACUUCCAUCCUCAAUUGCUUAUCACCCACCGUUUUCGUUUUGUGAAAUUCUCGUUAAUUUCGCGCCCUUAAUAAUUACUGGAUUUGGUAGAACAUAUAAUUUUGGAUCAAUCUUUAAUGGGGUUGCUCUUCUAAAUGGGUUUGCUUCACGUUGCAGUGUUGCACAGUGUUUGUCUUUGUCCCCCUUUUUCUGCUUCUUCUUUGGCUGACUUUUCCUGAUCUCUGAAGAAGAAGAAAUGGCUGCGAAUUUCUGGACAUCAUCUCAUUACAAGCAUCUUCUAGAUCAGGAAGAUGUGGAUAUGGUGAAUCCACUUGACAAAGAAAAGGGUAUCACACUUGAGGAUUUUAAGCUCAUUAAGAUGCACAUGGCCAAUUAUAUUUUGAAAUUGGCACAACAAGUAAAAGUGAGGCAGAGGGUUGUGGCCACAGCUGUUACAUACAUGAGGCGUGUUUACACCAAGAAGAGUAUGACAGAAUAUGAUCCACGCUUGGUAGCUCCAACUUGCUUGUACCUGGCAUCAAAAGCAGAAGAAAGCACAGUACAGGCUCGGCUUCUUGUAUUCUACAUUAAAAAAUUAUAUGCUGAUGAUAAAUAUAGAUAUGAAAUCAAGGACAUACUUGAAAUGGAAAUGAAGGUUUUAGAAGCUCUUAAUUAUUACCUGGUUGUAUACCACCCAUACCGUUCACUAUCUCCGUUGCUUCAGGAUGCAGGUUUGAAUGAUCUAAACAUGACUCAACUGACUUGGGGACUCGUAAAUGACACAUACAAGAUGGACCUAAUUCUUGUACAUCCUCCACAUUUGAUUGCUUUAGCUUGCAUAUACAUUGCUAGUGUACUCAGGGAGAAAGACACCACUGCAUGGUUUGAAGAACUUCGUGUUGAUAUGAACGUGGUUAAAAACAUAUCAAUGGAGAUACUUGAUUUUUAUGAAAGCAAUAGAAUGUUCACUGAAGAGAGAAUCAAUGCUGCUCUCCAGAAGUUGACCUUGAGGCCCUAAAAGCUUACUGGAGAUGAAUCAAUGCUGAAUAUGUGGAAUGAAAUUAAUGCUAGUGGAUGGUUGAAUGAUUUUCUUGGAUCACUUCAUGAUUUAUGUCAAUGACUAAAUAGUAAGGGCACUUAUGUUGGGUUCAAUUCAAAGUGUCCUUUUAAGAGCAAAAAAGGAGGAAUGAAAAAGGCGAUUCUUGGUGAGCAUCAGCAAGACUCCCAUCUAGUUCAUAUAUUCUUAUCCAUUUAUUGUCAUAAAUCGACUGCACUAAACACUACUACAUUUUCCUUUUUACUUUUUACCAUUAUUUUUAGUGAGAUGAGCAAUUUAUAAUUGUUUUAUAGGUAUUAAUUUCUCUACCACUCAUUCACUCUGCAAGACAAAUGCAAAGUACAUUUUUCCUCUAUUAAUACAAGUCAGCCUAAACAUUGUUUAAGCACCUAGUUAUAUUUUA